AUGGACGUUUCAACACAAUUCGGCUAUGCGUCGGUGAGCCGAGCUGGCAACCUGCAAUGGGUGUACAUGGUUGAGUGGGUUAUAGCUCUGCUUGGAUCCAUUGGAAUUCUAUUCUACUUCAAUCGGCUAUUGGGCUCAAUAGUGUCAUUCCUACUGAAAUAUACUCUGUGGAAGCGAUAUAAGGUACGAUUCAAAGUUCAAUCAUACAAAGUCUCCUUUCUCGGGGGACGGCUCUUUUUCAAAAAUGUUACAAUUAUAACCAAAAAUGAGAUGAUCCUCAUUCAUCAAGGAUGGCUCACAUGGAGAUAUUGGCUUACAUCCGUGCGCCAAUCUGGAUUCGUUACUGAGCAAGAAAAUACGAAAAACGGGCUACUUCCCACACGGUUACUGAUGGAAAUCUAUGGCUUUGAAGUUUUUGUCUACAACCGAGUGAAUGUUUACGACGAAUUACUGAAAAAGUUGAAUGGGGAGACCGGUCACACAGAAAAGCAGUCGUACUCUACAAGUCGCACCAGCGAAACCAGCAGCGAUCAAAAUACAAUCCAUGACUCUGAAGAAUCGGACGAGCGCUAUGUCCCACGAUUCAUCAAAUUUCUUCCCCUCAAGGUCUUGAUAAAACAGGGCGGGUUUGUAAUAGGUAACCAGACGACAACGUCUCUUUUGGUUGGAUCAUAUACAUCCUUGGAAGGGUUUUUUGAUUUCCUUCGGCCAGAUUCCAAAUACGAUAAGUGUCGAGUUGAUCACGAUGUUAGAGCGAACCAACUACAACUCUACCUUAAACCAAACGUUUCAUACGAGGGUAUGGAUCAGAUCAAAAAAGACUUUGAUCGGGGUCAAAGUCACAAGCUCAAGAGUUUCCUGGAUAAAUUAGGGUUGUAUCACAAUGGCACUAAAGAAGACAGCGAGAAGACUAAAGAGGAAGAGCUGCAUCAUUGGCGCGGUCUUGAACGUUAUUUGACCUACAACAGUUCGACAUUGAGUUCUUUUGACGGGAAAACCCAUUCUGAGGAUAAAGAAGACGCGGUUGUGUUCUCGGAAUCCGAGUACGCGCGGUACACUCACGUCUUUGACUCCGAUUACGUCGAUAUCCAUUAUUACUACGAUAUCCCAGGUAGAACGCCAGCGUUACCGGUCAAUUCUCCCACUGAGGAUCCAGAUAUUGGAAAUGGCGGAGAGCCUCCAGCGAAUAAUAUUGACAUAUCCGUUUCAGAAGGAAUUAUCCACUACGGACCUUGGGCCGAAAAAGAGCGCGCUUUUCUACAUCAAAUGUUAUUUCCUUCUAUCUGCAGGGAUGCUGAUCCGUUUGACCGUCUCAAAGCAGGAUCAAAAAGACAGUACGAAGGAUUCAGGCUAUUUUUCGAAAGUGUGGACGAUCUGGUGCUAAGGAUUCCCUUUAGGGAGAGCAGCAAAGACGUUCUUUAUUCCAAUAAUGACAGUUCUCAAAACCAACUUGAGCGCAGACCGUUUGGAUGGCUUGAACUUAAGGUGGGACAAAACUCCACCUUUAAUGUAUCAACCUCGUAUAUCCCCAGCACAGAGAGUGGAUGGGCAAAUAAGUUCCAUGUGGAUCUGAAUAACCCGGUCAUCUCUUCCAGUGUGAAUCACGAGAUAUUCUUUAAAGCCAUGAAACACACCAUAAAUGCGGAUGUUGGGUAUCCUUUGCAAUGGAAUGGCCCUGCAACGUGGAGUUUUCAGAACCGCUCUACGAAUGCUGAACUCUAUCUACUUAGAGAGCAUAUUGAGUUGCUCACAGACAUGUUUGGGGAUUUCAGCUCUGGAAACCCAACUCCUUACGAGCUAUUCCGUCCCUUUUUCUAUAAGAUCAACUGGAAGGUUUACAACUACAAUAUCUCUCUCAAUUUGAACGAAAAAAAUAUUGUCAGCCACCCUCUAGACUAUAAUGACAACAUAUAUGUUUCCUUUUGCGGAUCCGAACUUGAUUUAGCUGUCGAUAUUCCUUUAGAUACCGUAUAUCGAAAGUCGACAAUUAUUGACUAUAAACUUAACACCACCUUUGAUUUGGCUGUUCAUUUCCCGCCAUGGCACACAGGAUAUAAUUUCCUGCGAAAUAAAGAGGUUGGAAGGGCUAAUAACUUUGAGAUGUCGGGAUCUUUCACUUAUUUCAACGUGAUCGACAUAGAUACGGUUGACAACAUUGUAGUCAACUGUACUUGUGAAGAUACGACGCUUGAAUGCUAUGGAUUCAUCAUCAAGUAUGUGUUGCUUCUCAAGGCCAACUAUUUUGGAGAAGAUAUCAACUUCCAGACUCUCGGAGAAUUCCUCGAAGACAUGAAUGACAAGUUUGAAGAAAAACCAGCGUCAGAAGAUUUCAAGCUGUUUGGAAUGAAACUGCGAAAUGAGACCGACCUACACUUCUCUUUUUGCGUCAAAAAUGGGUGCCUGGUUUUGCCAUCACACAAUUAUGACUGUGAAACACAUGUGGCACUACAUUUUGAAAGCCUGGACAUUGAUCUUCGAUUCAAUAACUACUACAUGGAUCUUCAAGCUAAUUUCUCGGAAAUCUAUGGCCGAUCAAUUGAGAGCGCCGACGAGGAUAUGAUUUUUAGCACGACCUCCAAGCACUUGAAAUUUGAUCCUCUGCUUUUUAUUGAUCAUCUUCCAGUGCAUGGCCACAGAACAUUUGGGCUUCCUCCAGAUGAACCAACUUAUUACUGUAGGUGGGAUUUCCAUCCAGGACAAAUAGUGGUUGACUCAGAGCCAACUUUUCUUGACAUCGUCCGCCGCUCUCUUGGGUCCCUUGCGGUGGGAUACAAUGAUUCAGAGAAUUCUUUAGACCUUCCUGAGGAGGUGCUUUUUGAUAUGUUGAAUUUGUCUUUCAGCUGUCCCCAAAUUUUGGCGAAAAUCAAUGGUCCGUCUUGUGGCCUCCUCGUUAAAUUGGAAGCGUUGCACCUAACUAUUUCUGAUCAGUCAUCUGCUACAUACAAUAGCCGAAUUAAUUUCAGGAUCGAGGACAUUGUCAUACAAGGUAUGAGCGGCACCGAAACUGUUAUGGAUGUGAGAACAUCAGUGUACGUGAGUGACUUUGUUAAAAAACCAGACUUUGCAACUCGCAAAGAAGCUCAAAGAGCUCAUAUGAAAAUCCACGAUGCGCCGUUCCACAGAUGUCCGUUUUUGCUUGCACGAAGUGAUAGAGAUUCAACAUACCAUCAAAAUUAUGGAGGUUUGAGGCCUUUCCUCAAUUUCCCCGAUAUCCCUCCACCGCUCUACUCCAACUCGAUAGAUUUGUUGAUCGCAAGCUAUCCUGAACGGUUGAAAGAUGCUUUGAGAGAUGACGACGUCUCCGAUUCAUCUUCGAUUCUAGAUGGGGGCAGGUCACACGCAACGAACCUCUUUUCGAAAAUAUCCUCCGAAAAUGAUGGCUUUGAGCUUGAUUCCAUAGUAUGCAGCUUUGAUACUGUUGAAGGAUAUAUUGAUCCGAAAGUCGCAUUGGUAUGGAGCUACAUUGUAUCAAAUAAGGAGGUCAUUUCUGUCACCAAUGUACUGGAUGAGAUUCAAAAUGAUUUUAUAUCGCACUUGACUAAGAAACAUGCCACAAAGUCUCAGAAAGUCAACAUAAAAGCGUUAAUUCCAAUGAUUAAUCUACAUGUGACAGAAUCAAGGUCUUCUGAAAACUGCAUCGAUAUCAGCAUAUCCAAUCCAACAUUAACUGCUACAAUUGAACCAGAAGGCGGCAUGGAUUCUUUGGCAGCAGACGUUUCCGAGAUCUCGAUUAGCAUACUGAAAAGCGGCAGGUCUGUUUGCAGUCUCGAUAUGGCGAAACUCAGGGCCGAUAUAUAUGAUAGCAAAUUGUCGACUAGUGUCAUGGUUGAUGAGGAUUACCUAUACUUCGAUAUGGACCCUACAAGCCUCCAAUGGGUUGAGAGCUACAUUUCCCUUCUGGUUGAUCCGAUAAAGAAGGCAACGGCAGAAAUAUCGCUAGCAGUGGAAAAUAGUACCAAGGCCAAGAUCGAUACCGUAUAUUCCAUUUCCAAAGCGGUAACGGACUAUUCUGUGCGCCACGAUCCAUCGUGUAUCACCAAACCGUCGUAUAUUAGCAAAUUUUCCGACGAGCACAUCAGGCGUGAGGACAGCUGGAAAAUAAUUACAAGAAUCAGACAUAUUGCUUACAACCUGCCAAAACGUUGGCACGAAAGCACCCAGAAAAGAUAUGACGAACACUCUUGGAAUGCCCCGGAAGACGCCAAGCAAAGAGUCUUUGAUGUGUUUCUAAAUUGGAGAAGAUGGGAGUUUAGUAAUAUAUCCACCAGCUAUGUUUUGAUGAGCGUUUUCGGUGACACCAGCUCUGGGGCUGAACGGAAGUCAUUUUCUUUGAAAGCGGCGCUUUCUACAUCCAAACUCAAUGUUCAUCCUUUCAGCAAUUUGGUGGUGACUGAAAACCUAGAACUCGCCUUAAGUAAAGGAAAGCUUUCCGAGGAGCUGUACCAAAUGGCCACUGAGCUUUCUAUGAUAAAUGUUCAAGAUCAGAUCAAUGUUGGGAUUUCCAUCGGCGCCUUUAAUACCAGUGUCAAUUCCCUGAAGCAAUCAAUCCCUUAUAUCAGCGAUUUGAUUGCAGGUAUGACGUCAAAGUCCAGUGCCAACCAAACUAUCGAAAUUGCAAACAGAUCAGAGCCAGAUCCGAUCUUUUUCAGCAUAAAUCUCCUGGUUAAAGAGUUUACUCACCAGGUUGCAAUUGAUAGAUCGUCUGUCAACGUCCACGGUAGUAAUUCGGUGCUAACGAUGUCAGGAAUCAAAUCUUCAGAGGAUCUGUUUUUCGCUAUGCUGUCGAACAAUACCACGGUGGGUAUUGAUUUUAUGCUUGAUAAAAUGAAGAUAGCGCAGCUUAAAAGUUUUGAAAACUCACUGCUUGUCUCCAAGGUCAGGUCAUCUGGUGAUGAGCAGAUUUAUGUGGACUUAUCUGCCUCAAGUAUCAACAUAUCAGCUGGGUCGGGUUCAGAUUUCUAUCUAAGAGCUUUAGAUGUGCUUAUCAAUGAAGAGAAUGACUUUUUGGUGCCACUCAUUAACAAUUUGAGGAAAAGACAACAACCGUCGGUUACUCGAUCCAGCGAUGGAUUUUUAGCUCAGCUGGAAGGAAAAGUAACGGGUAGUAUGUUUGUCUCAAAACUUUCUUUGCAGCUUGAAGUUCUGUCACCGAUACUUUACAAGAUGGACGUGCGAGAUAUUGCAUUUGAUCUUUCAGCUUCAGAUCAGGUUGGGACGUCAAAUUUUACAGUGUCACGCAUCAGCUCAAGAAUCAUCUCCACUUCCACAACAAAGCAAGUGCAAUUUGCUACCGUGUCUCUAGGAGAUCUGAAAAUUUUGGCGAGCCUCGUUGAAAAACAUGGUAGACUCGAUGUUUUCGCACAGGUGAACGCAGAUCAACUCAGAAUCAAUUGUUCACAGCGUAACGUCAUCUAUUUGGCGAAACUUGCAGAAACGGAUUACCGUGUUGCAGAGGCGUACUUUGAAAAAUUUAAAUCAAGGUUCCAUAGUCUGCUUCAAAAGUUUGGCCACACAAGCAACAACGAGUCCAAACUAGGGAACUCCUCUUUCGUUGUGAAGGCCACGGCUGCUGUUGCUCUGGACAACUUGUCAUUCGCCUGUCUUCUCAACGAGAACCGGUCAUUCCUCGAUUGUAACAAGAUCACAAUGAAGUUUGUCACCUCUGAUUUCAAUCACACCGGAAACAAACCCCACGGCUUCCUAAAGUUGCCCUCCACAAGAUUUAGUAUGAUCUCUCAUGGUCCUCAGACCUCAAAGUUUACGAUCUGUGAUGUAAACCUGGAAUUGAAAGCAUCUACGUCCGUUCCAAGUGAGCAAAAACUCCACCAGCUUGAAUUAAUCAGCGAGCACUGCAGGUUUGUGUUAGAUUCGCACUCCACUACUGAACUCCUUGACGUUUACUUUGAUUUCCAUAGGAAUUUUGGCACCUACAAGUUCCCUCGCAAACCCGCUCAAAGACAGAACGUUAGCGCGGAAAAGAUAUGGGAACUUUUGAGCGUCUAUUCGAUUCGCAUUGUGUCCAAAAACAUGUGUAUCGGAUGGCUGCUUCCAAAGCCAGAGAGGGCGAUGUUAAACUCGUCGGACAUCCCUGGCUUUAUUGUUGGAUACGAAAAAGCUGAGAUAGUAUGCAGCACAAAAACAGGAAAUGUACUCGUCUCGAGCAUGUACUUGGCAACUUCCCACGGGAACAACUCCAUGAACUUUUAUUCCACCAGUGAUGAAAGCUUGAGUGCUAACAGGGCAUAUUUCCCUAGAUUUGAGCUUGAUUAUAAGGUUUCCCGAACGUCCAAAGGCAGAGCUAUCGACGCUGAGCUUCACGGUGAUAAGGUCGAUUUUAAGCUGGAAACUACACUCUUUUCUGUUGCCGAUCGACUAGCGCGGUCUGUUAUUCAUGUUCAAGAAAAAUUGGAGUCUAUUUUUUCUCAUGAAAUCGCACAUGCCGAGACGGAGGAUGGCUCGCCAACUCUUUUUUCUUCGAUCCACUCGGACUUGAGGCUUAUUGGCUGCAUCUUUGCAUUUAACGGUGCUUCAAUUAUGAUCAGCAAUCCUACAAGGGAUUCAAACCGUAAGCCUACAUCGUUAUGUCUCCAGGCUCCAUCCAUGAGGAUUGCCGCAGAGUAUAUCAAAAGUUUGGAAUCGGUUAAAAAACACAUCAUUUUGAUACAAGCCGUCACUUCAAGUACUGACAAUGCACUGUCAGCAUCAUGUGUUCCUGUGAUCGUCAGUCUUGCUAACAGUGUGAAGUCUUUUGCGAAUAGAAAUCAUGCAAAGAAAAGCAAGGUGCCAACAACACGAAAGUCCGAGGAAAGAUGGCCACCUAUGGGAGAAAAGGAGCCAGUAGGUGUCAGCUUGGAGCGAGUCUUUGAGAAAUUCAAAAUCAACUUUUCGCUGAAGGUUGAGCCUCAGCGACUCACAUUGAGUUGUGAGCCAAAUGCAAAGGUCGAGGCCGCCGUCUCCACUAAUGGACUGUUUUGGCAUUUCAACACCGAUACAGAUUUGAUCACCACUACUAUCUGUAUUGAACAACUUCGAGCAAAGCUGCAACACGUCUAUUCGAAAGAAACCAGUGGAUCUGUUGGGAUCGAUGAUAUUCUUCUAUCUGCAACUAUCGCCAAAGCUCAUGGUGUCAAAACAAUGACCAACACGUCAAAGGUAUCAAACAUUGACUCGUAUUUGAACAUACAGCAGAGACAGGACGUCGACAUUUUUCGUGAAAUAUGGCUACCGUCCGAACUUUACAAAAGUUCUACUGAAAAGCCGCAACAGAGCGAGGACGUUUCACUGCAACAUAUUGCAGCAAGAGUCAAAGACAUGUCAAAUACCACUGUACUUCCGUGGAUCGUCACUCUUCUGGUAGAAAAGGUGAAAUUGAAGGUGGAUCUCGGAUUCUCGCUAGGAACAUUGGACGUGGAUGCCGAUAAAUGUUGGUUCAAAUCCACUAAGGUCACCAACAGGGACCAAAACUUCAGAUUGGAACUGGGCCAGCUCAGAAUUGCAUCAGAGGGAAGACUUGGAGGGCUUUUGGUUGUCGAAAGGGCGCGAAUGGCUUCUGCAAUCUCAUGGUCGAAAGAAAAAGGAAUGGAGGAUAUUCCGCUGGUCUUCCUGUCUGCCGGAUUUCGAUCGUUGGAAACCAAAAUCUCCCUUGAUUACCACAUAUUCUGCAUAGCAGUGAUCACCAAAGCGAUGGCUUCCAUAUACAAUCAGAGUGUGGACAAUCAUGCAGACAAGCUUGUUGGAAAAACCUCGAUGGAUUCGUUCAACGUUUAUAUGACUGCUUUGACUGCCUCCAAUUUCGUGGAUAUUUACACGAUUGGAUUGCGAAUCCGACAGGAUAUCAAGAUCUCGUACCAUCAAACUCUCAAUGAUGCCUUGGAUGAUCAGAUGCAAUUCCUCAAGGGCUCAACGAGAUCCUCGGAGUCGUCUUUGUCAUUGGCUGCUUUGCGCAAAACUGAUACUUCGAGCUCAAGCACCGUCAAGACAGUGGAAAUGUUUUUGGACGUGAUUGACGAAUUCUACACAGAGUUGGAUGUCCGCAUAGGGUCGAUGCAGAUACAAAUUUUCCCCAGUAGUUUGUUGGAUACCCAGGCGCUGGUGAUCAGGGUGGGAGCUUCGAGGGCUAAGUUUGAGCAGAUCAAGACCAGUAUCAUGGAGAACAAGUUGGACAUGAGCCUUGACAACUUCACUGUGGCUCUUUCCUCUUUCAAGUCAAAGCCUACAGAGGCGUCACUAGGAGAACUGGGAGUUUGGAGCUACGUCAAGCUUGCGAACACGGCCACCGGUGGCAGCAUUUUUGUCUUCCCUUCGUUGAACGUUUACAUGGAUGCGUUCCAGCAUCCAGAUUCCAAUUUAGUCAAGUUCAAGUUCAGCAGCUCUUUUGGAGGGAACGUUGACGUGAAGUGGAAGUUGGGCUCUGUCUACUUUAUUAGAGAAAUGUGGUAUUCCCAUGCAACGACACUGAAGACUCGUCUCACUGCCUUGCGGAUCUUCACUUCUGGCUACGGAACGGACUUCGACGAUCUGCUGGAAGAGAACUACAAGGAGUCAAUUUUCGAGACCGUCAACUUAGAGGAUAGGCUAAAGGACGUGGAGUCUGACGAGAAAUAUGUUUAUGUUCCGCUAGAAGAGCCGCAUAUCGAGACUCCUAAACUACGUGAUCUGGGAAACGCCACGCCUCCGCUGGAGUGGUUUGGACUGCACAGAAACAAGUUUCCUAAUCUCACGCACCAGUUUGUAAUCGUGGGGUUACAGCAACUAGUCAAGGAGGCCGAAGUUCAUUACGCCAAUGUUUUGAGGUGA